UGAAGUGCUCUUGAUUAUUGCCAUAGUCUUUAAGAUUCGUGCUGCGGCUUAUAGUUAAGUUAGGUGACAAAACUGGCGAACGAGCCGCACCAUGAGCAGCACCACUCCCCGGAGGAGAUGACGCCGAUGUCGACGGCGGCAGAGGCGUGGGCGGGUUCGUGGCGGCAGCGUGUCGACGCAUCGCGGCAGAUGUCGGAGAUGGUGUCGGCGCUGGCCCACAUCGUGGCGGAGGGACGUUGCGCGGCGGACGCCUCGUCACUAGUGUCAGCGCCAGCAUUGAUAGCAGAUUCGUGACACGAUAGCAGGAUUGAAAAAGUAGAGAUGGGACGGCAUCAGGGCUACGUGCAUGAGUUGGGAAGUUAUUCGCAUGGGGAGGCAUCGUACAAUAUUAUUAGAGAGACUCCUCCUCCCCUGUUUCCAAGCAGAGCAAUGGAAGAGGCUUCCCCUCCCACCUCCUCCUCCUCCUCCGCCUCGCCGCCGCCGCCACCGAUGCGGCGCUACCGUGGCGUGCGGCAGCGGCCGUGGGGGAAGUGGGCGGCGGAGAUCCGCGACCCGCACAAGGCGGCCCGCGUGUGGCUCGGCACGUUCGACACCGCUGAGGCCGCCGCGCGGGCCUACGACGCCGCCGCCCUCCGCUUCCGCGGCAGCCGCGCCAAGCUCAACUUCCCCGAGGACGCCCGUAUCCUCCCCCCGACACCGCCGCCGCCACCGCCACCGCAUGAAACUACGGCGACGACGCAAACCGCGGCCGCAGAGUACGCGGAUUACGCGAGGAUUCUGCAGCUGGAACAGAUGAUGAGUUCGAAUUAUGAGACCACAAUGGCUGGUCUUUCGAAUCCUGAUCCUGCACCCUUCUCUGCUUCCGCAUCCUCUGUUUCUGCAUCCUCUGUUUCUGCUUCUCAUUCUUACUAUCCCCAGUUCUAUAACCAGGAUGCGGGGGAUCCGCAGCAGGCGAAUUUUGCGGGCUCCGGCGAGGGGGGUUGGAGUUGGGAUAGUGGUGGAUCCGCAAACUAUGAUUACACUAUGCCUCCUUGGAGUGAUUCAACUCAGUAUCCACCAUCUUCUUCUUCAUCCUAGUGCUUGUUUUCGUCCCUCCUCCUCUCUGUAGGGUAUAGUGUUGUUCGAUAAAGUGCUUCAUAAAUAAUACUUUUAAACGAAGUGUUGUGUCAAAUCUCUUCGGCAGAUUCUCUCUUUAGUAGAAGUAUAUGCAUCUCAGAGUUCUAUUUCUAAACAGAAGUGCCAAUUUUUUAUUCUUGCAAAAUAUUCGACGGAGGUGAUUAUUGUUGAAAUUAAGUAGCAAAAGAAGAAAAAGUGAGACCAAACGGAUAUUUAGUAAAGCGCGAAUGGUUUUGAGUAGUUUAUGCUUUGUUGUAUCUUUUUUAUUUUUUUUAAUUUUGACUUUUUAUUUUUGGGUAUUCUUGGGUGGUGCUUGUUAUUCUUUUAUAAGCAAAGAAAAGAGGAUGGAGUUUUUCCCUUUUGUUUAA